CCCGUCUCUACGAUAACAUCCGCCCGACAUAACACCAUGCGUCUCUCCUGGUCGCUCUUCUCCGUCGCCGUCCUCGCGACUCUCGUCUCCGCGGCACCAGUUGACUCCGUAGCCAUCGCUCGUCGUGGUGCACCCGGUGGUGGCAACAGCCCUGAUUGGAAACGGACCUGUCCCAAUGGGGCACCUGGAUGCGGUGAGGGCCCCCGCGUAGCACCUGUAGCAGACCGUUCUGCCUCUUAG